GUUAAUGCCACAGGAUAAACGCCACGACGACCCAUUUGUUGUACAGGGUUCCAUGGAGACUGCAACAGGUAAUCUGAAUAAAACGGUUCCACCUGCGUUUGAAGACAUUCUGGACGUUAUAGACCCAAGAGGAAAAUUCCAGUCCAGGCUGAAUAUAAUUUUCUGCUACAUGGGUACUUUCGUCGUUACAGUGUGUGUGGAAGUUUAUUACAUCGCAAUGCAAACGCCUGAUCACUGGUGUCACGUUCCUGGCAGAGAAUACACCAACUUUUCCCGAGAGGAAUGGAAGAACAUUACGAUCCCCAAGGAAGACACGAGGUUCAGCAAGUGCAUGAUGUACAACGUGACUGGCGUAGGUGACUUCACCAAUGCUUCAACUGUUCCAUGCCAGCAAGGCUGGGACUACGACGACACAUGGUACGCGCUGACAGCUGCGUCACAGAUGAACUGGGUCUGUGAUCAAAGUCACGUCGUCAGUAACGUCCUAUUCUACGCACAGAUUAUCGGAGCCAUACUGGGGUUGUUCUUCGGAUACAUAGGCGACCGUUUUGGCCGAAGACCACAAAUAAUUCUCUGUGUGGCAGCCAUAGUGGCAAGCAGACUAGUGCUGGUGUUGACACCCUCAGUGAUGGUACUGUUUAUCUUGGCGCAAUCUUUGGCAGCAGGCGCGACUGGGCCGUUCUUUGAGUCGGCAGCAUCCAUAGGUAAUGGGAAGAUGAAAAUUGAAGAAUUAAAAUCAGCUUUUAGAAGGUGGUUGCCGGAGUCCCCGCGCUGGCUGGCGUACAGGGGGCGUGAGCAGGAGGCGCUGAGCGAGCUGCGUCGGAUCGCCGCCACCAACGGCUCGACUGUGCCUCCGUUCACCGCACAGGUGCUGCGUAGGCUGGCCAGGACCAGCGGCGAGAGGAGGGGGUUCCUCAGCAUCUUCAGCAGUUGGAAUCUUUUCAAAAAUACCUCGAUUCUACUUGUUUCCAGGUCAAUAGUCGCUCUGACGAUGUGUUCUCUGCUGCUGAGCGUGGGCAUCCUCGACGUGCAUCCCUUCAUCACGGUGUCAGUACAGGGCGUGGCGCAGCUCUUGGCGAUACUCGUGGUACACUGCUACGUCUCUCGCAUGGGCCGUCGCUGGUCCUCCGUGGCAGCCCUGCUGCUGUCUGGCUUCGUGAGUGCUGCCAUAGUACUGCUUCUCUACGUUCGUGCUCCUGGGAUCGCGGUAAUGGCGGUGCUCGCCAUACUACAGUUCGUCUCAACAGCUGCAGGUGCGACAGCGAACCUGCAGAGCUUAGAAGUGCACCCGACGUGUGUGCGCCAGAUCACAACCAGCCUCGAGAUGUCUGCCAUCGGCCUCGUAAUUUCGCUGACGCCUUACGUCAUAUUUACGGGAGGAUCAGUGGACCAGCGACUGCCAUUCGCCAUCGUUGCGGGAGUCAAUGUCCUGGCUGCAUUCCUCAUGUCUUUCUUACCGGAAUCAGCGCUGCAGAAGUUACCUGAGACAUUGCAGGAAGCUGCAGUUUUUGGGAAAGAGCAGCCCUACUGGAGCUGGAAGCCUAAGCCCGCGGCCUCUUUCUUUGCAGAAGAACAGAAAUGCUUAAGAUCUACUGCAGGCAAACCUCUCCGGGGAGUGUUUUCUUCUCACAGUGAUGGCUGCUUCACUUGCCGCUGCAAGUGGUACAAGAAUAGUACUGCUACGGCAAGAUAG